UGUCUCAAUAUAAAGCCUGGCACUGAGUCUGAGAGACACAUAGCUGAGAGGAAAUGAAAGGUAGAUGAGGAAAAAGAACUGAGAGAGACUGCAAACACUGGUCUGUUUGAACUUUGUCCUGUUCUGUUUCCCUUCCGGAAUAAAACAGCAAAGAGGAUUUAUUUCAUACUGUGACAAGGUGAUUAAUGAUGAUGAUGAUGAUGAGGCUGGUUGUGGUGGCCAGUGCUGUGCUUCUCCUGAUGGUGGACAGCAGCAUGAUGGAGAGGAUCCUGUCCCGCAGCAGGAGGGACCUGGCCAGCCCGCUGCACGCUGGGGGUAUCCGGGACCCAUUCGGCUCAUACUGUCAGAGAAGAGGGGGCUGCUGUGAGGGCAGGAAUGAUGAGUGCACCAUGCCUUACCUGGAUACCAUCUGCUACUGUGACCUGUUUUGCAACCGCACAGUGAGCGACUGCUGCCCGGAUUUCUGGGGCCACUGUCUGGGAAUCCAGCCUCCUCCCAGAGGUAUUUGUGAGAGAAAUGGCCACAGGUUCCACUCAGGUGCAACCUACAAAGAGAACUGCAAUUUAUGUACAUGUAGCGCAAAUGGCCAGUGGGUCUGUGAGCAGUACGCCUGCCUGAUAGAACAAGACAUGAUCCAGGCAGUGAACUGGGGAAACUAUGGUUGGAGGGCAGCUAACUACAGUCAGUUCUGGGGUAUGAGUCUGGAUGAGGGUUUGCGCUACCGUCUGGGCACUCAGCGGCCUUCCCGAGCCAUCAUGAGUAUGAAUGAGAUUCAGAUGAACAUGGAUAAUAACGAAUAUCUGCCCAGUUAUUUCAAUGCUGCUGAGAAGUGGCCAGGAAAAAUCCACGAGCCCCUGGACCAGGGCAACUGUGCUGCCUCGUGGGCCUUCUCCACAGCAGCUGUAGCAUCAGACCGAAUCUCCAUUCAGUCCAUGGGACACAUGACCCCUCAACUGUCACCCCAGAAUCUGAUUUCCUGUGACACACGUAACCAAGGCGGCUGUGCUGGAGGACACGUUGAUGGCGCAUGGUGGUACCUGAGGAGAAGAGGGGUGGUGACAGAGGAGUGUUAUCCGUUUAAUCCGCCCCAGCAGACCCCUGCUGAAGUGAGCCGCUGUAUGAUGCAGAGUCGUUCAGUGGGCCGAGGGAAGAGACAGGCCACAGCCCGCUGUCCCAACAUCCACACCUACCACAAUGAAAUCUACCAGUCCACCCCACCCUACAGACUGUCCACAAAUGAGAAGGAGAUAAUGAAGGAGAUCAUGGAUAAUGGGCCUGUGCAAGCCAUCGUGGAGGUGCAUGAGGACUUCUUUGUGUACAAGAGUGGAAUCUACCGACACACUGAUGUGAAUGUACACAAAGCACCACAGUAUCGCAAGCACGGCACACACUCCGUGAGGAUCACAGGUUGGGGAGAAGAAAGAGAUUACAAUGGGAAAACACACAAGUACUGGAUUGCUGCCAACUCAUGGGGCAAGAACUGGGGUGAAGAUGGCUACUUCCGCAUUGCAAGAGGAGAAAACGAAUGCGAAAUUGAGGCAUUUGUGAUUGGCGUGUGGGGCCGGAUAACCAUGGAGGACAUGCACAGCCAUCACCACCAUCACUAUGGAAUACGCAAAUAGAGAUGCGCAAUCAGGUGUGUCUCUGAUCCUUGUGCCUCCUUCUGAGAUCCAUGUGCACCUCAUCGCCAGAUUGAACAAACACAAAAGACUCAGUCAGGACUAUGGCAGGAGACUGCGAUAUGGUUUCUAUUAAAGCCAUCAAACUUCUAUUGAAUAUAUUAUUCUCGCCAGUGCUCAUAGGUGUUCAUAAAUAGCCAGUCCUUUUUGUUGUUCAAAUGUGGGCAGUUUGGAUUGAGCCUUGUGGUGGUUCUAAUGUUUCCCUUUUCUCUAUGCAAGAAAAUGUCAACAUAAAGUCAGUUUAGUUAUUGGCCAAGGAAAAUUGGUUCAUGGAGACUUGCCUGUAACUGUGAGCUCACCAAAGCCCCCUGGUGGCCACACCACUCCAUUACAAUUACACAUUCACUUCUCAUACAUGAUGGUAUGAAGAGAUCACAUAGUCUGAGUAGUCCAUUAAUGACUACAAAGAUGGCUAUACUAUUAAUCUUCUUCUUUGUUCAUUUUAUUUUGUUUUUAUUAGCGAUCGCUUGGUAGGUAGUUUAGAAUUGUAAGUAACAGAGUCUAUGAAACUCAGACUCACUCAAUGUGCAUUUCAGACAGUACAUUCCAGCAUUACAAUUAAGCACACUGGAAAAGGCAAGACUAUGUUAGGUUGAAUUAAAAGGUUGAAUUUAUUACCAAUUAUUUAUUUUAAAGAACUAUGACAGCUAUUUUUACAGUAAAUAUGUUUAUGGUUGUGGUCUUUUUUUCUGAGUGAUUGGCUGCUUUUAUUUUGAACAUUCCAUUUAUUCCAAAUGCAUCAAACUCUCCACCUGAGAAUCAGCUACAAUGCUGAAGAUGCACAGUAGCUGACCUGGUAUUUAUUAAAUCAAACAAAAAGUGCAUUUUAAUACAGUAACAGGCAUUAUAAUGACCACUGAUAUAACAGCAGAGCUUAUUCACUUACUCUAGACAUUGGGUCUUAAACUUUUUGAAGACAGAAACACCUUUAACUGUAAAAUAAAGUUCACAGACCCCCUCAGCACAGAUUUAUUUCAUGACCUCAUCUUUUAAAUGUAGACAAUAAUAUUCUGUCUAUUUCUUGGAGUCAAAGAGAUUGUUUUUUUUUUUUUUUUUUUUUUUAUACAGUAGGUCCAGUAGGUUUAAACCUCAUUAAAUUCAGGUGACCUGUCAAGUAGGCAGUCUAUAAGAUUUAUUAAUAAUAAAUAUUUUAACUUCGAUUAUAAUGGGCUGUGACUUUCACCACUGUAAAUGAAUUGUAAAAAUUAUGGACACCCUGGCUAUACUUCAUGAACCCCUGGGGCUCCCCAGACCCCAUUGUUCUAAGGACAUGUCCUCCUAACAGGCCUUUCACAUUUUGUUUAACACUUUUGUAGCGACACAUAAAGGCUGACUAAGAAUUACUGAUCAUUAUUUUAUGGUUACAAUCUUAAAAUAUUUCAACUAACACUUAUUCAAGUUUUUUUAUGUUUCGUACUGUAAUGCUGUGGUUUCUUGGGGGAUUUUCACUACAGUCAACCCUUGCUAAUUCUGAAAUACAGAAGUCUCUUAUAACAAUACAAUGCUUUCUGGCAUAAACUUAUACCAAGUAUGAGCAUAGACAAUGCCACAAAGUGAUCAUUUUUGCUAUCUUUGUUGUUACACCUAUUUUAAAUCUCUUUUUUUUUUUCCAUAUGUUAGUGCAAAUGCUACUGUGUUUGAUGUGACAUUUUGUAUGUUUUUCCCACCUAUAAGCAGGUCUCCACUACUGAAAUGAAUCAUACCAAGCAAUUCCAUGGCGGUUGAAUAUUUCACAGGCUCUAAGUAAAUCAAAUAUUCGCAUCAUAGGAAAUGAUUUUUAUAAUUCCCCCUCAGCCAUUUGGCUCCGUAUAUGGGAAGAAAUGUGUGCUCAGAUACAGUGUUAUACUAAGCUUGCGUGUCAUGCUCAGUUAAUCAGGUGCAGAUUUUUUUUUAACCAAAGAUGAGCUGCAAAUCACGUCUGUUCGCUUCAAAGCAGCAUCACACACACUUGACUUAAGAGUACAACAAAGAGUUACUGAGGUAAUACAGUACAGCGCUGGGUUUGAAAACACAGCUGCUCACUUUAAACAUUUCUGAGACUUCUAUAAUGCAGUGUGAAUAGUCACACGAAGGCCUCUAACUGUAUCACUGACCAUAUAAUCAUCUUGUUCCAUGCAGGAAUGUGAACUCUUGUGUUGAACAUUGGUGUUGAUUAUUUUCUUCAGGUCUAUUCAGCAUCAUGUAUUUCUUUAACACACACAAGCCUCUGCUACUGAAAUGCAUUUCUCUACUUCUGAUCAUUACCAUUAUAAGCUAUUAUUAAUGGACAUAAACUUGACACAUAUCUAAUGUUAUGCUGUUUUUAAAGCAGUGAUAGACUUCCAUGAUCCAUCCAUUCAGUUAGUAAGAGGAUUCAUUUUCCUAUUUAGUCAUCCACACCAGAGAUAAACCCCUCACACAGAGUGAGUGUGCUAGAAGACUGAACCCUAGUCAUGCAGAGGAAAUGGGUUUUGGCCAGAUGAUGUAUUCUUAAGUCUCCUGUAUGGAUAAUUGGUCUCUAUUGGGUUAGAAUGCGCUGCUUAAAAUAUGUCCCAGUGUAGGAUUUUAUUAAAUUAAAGAAAGAGAGAUUUAUAUCAGACUAUUUAAGAAGCAGGUUUGUAAAUUAUAUCCCUGUGGUCUUUGAUGCAAUGUGCAUUAUUGUGCUGUCACUUGUAUUGUAUAUAUGCAACACAAACCACUGUAAUGUCCACCUGUGUAAUGCAAUAAAAUCCAAAUCCAACCAUCAUACAAACACAA